AUGGUCACUGCUGAAGAAAAAACUUUUUUGGAUUCCUACCCAGAAAUAUGUGCCCCACAUUCGCUGCCGGGCACACCAGGUAAUACCUCUCCUGCACAGGAUAAAGCGAAGGAGCAACUGAGAGAGAUUUUGACCACCGCGGGCUUCACAAAACGUUUGGAUGACGCGACUCUGUUGCGGUUUCUAAGAGCCAGAAAGUUUGAUGUCGAGGCUGCAAGAGUCAUGUUUGUAAACUGUGAGGAGUGGAGAAAAGAUUAUGGUACCGACACGAUUUUGGAGACCUUUAAAUACGACGAAAAGCCAUUGGUUGCGAAGUACUACCCACAGUACUACCACAAGACUGACAAGGACGGACGCCCAUUGUAUUUUGAAGAAUUAGGGAAGGUGAACAUCCACGAAAUGUACAAGAUCACCACCGAGGAGAGAAUGCUGAAGAACCUAGUCUGGGAAUACGAGUGUGUCGUGAAACAUAGACUACCCGCCUGUUCCAGAGCUGCAGGACACCUAGUGGAAACUUCGUGCACCAUUUUGGACUUGAAGGGCAUUUCCAUCUCUAGCGCGUACAGUGUCAUCUCGUACGUUAGAGCCGCUUCGUACAUUAGUCAAAACUUCUACCCAGAACGUAUGGGUAAGUUUUACAUCAUCAAUGCCCCAUUCGGGUUUUCCGCUGCCUUCAGACUGUUCAAGCCAUUCUUGGACCCUGUCACCGUCUCCAAAAUCUUCAUUUUGGGUGGUAGCUACCAAAAGGAACUACUGAAGCAGAUCCCUAUUGAGAACCUACCAAAGAAAUUUGGCGGUCAUUCCCAGGUUGAUGAAGCGGAAGGUGGACUAUACUUAUCGGAUAUUGGUCCAUGGAGAGAUCCGAAAUACAUUGGCCCAGAAGGUGAAGGUCCAUUAAUGUUUUCCAUGAAAGCAUGA